AUGCUUACACGUUUACCCGUUCCUUCCCUGAAAAGGUCUGUUCUUGAUCCGCAAAACAUUUGGCACGCCAAGGGAGCAGCCCUGGCGCGGCGUCGCGGUGCGUCGUUCGUUCACUCCGAGGCUAUAUUUAGUGGCGGUGCGCGGAAUGCAGUCCGCCCGGCGCUGACCUACCACAACACCACUGUCACAGUUUCGGCGCACGCACAGCCUGCCCCCGCGAGGGUGCUUCCACGCAAAUUGCGCGCAAUUCCCGAAUCGUUCAACAACGGUGGACGUUCAAAUGCUCAA